UAUCAGCUCAGUCUUUAACCGCUUCGCCGAGUAUAACGUUCGAUAAAAGUAUUUGAAAUUCGGUAUUUUCAAAAAAUGUCUUUAAUAAAUUUACUAAAAUCAUAUAUAUUUAUGUAGAGUAAACGAGUAUUUUUAAAUAUUUAAGCUUUUUGUAUGACGCGUGUCGUGUUUUUAAUAUUUUUCUAUUUUCGCGUGUGAAAAUUACUUGUCGAGUGUUUGAAUACUAUUAUGAAUUGGCAAUCAAAAUAGUGGCGCCUGUGUGUCAUUAUGGGAAAGUUAUAUAUUAUUUUCAUAUGACAUUAGUUGUGCCUUUAGUGGUGUCGGUGCUAUAGUUUUAUUAUGAAAAAUGUAUGUGGUGUUAUAAAUUUUUUGAUCGCUAAGUUUUUGGCGACAUCAGCCAAUGUCACUUGAGUGGGUGUAACGUGCGAGUGUAGGUGUGUGUACAUAUUUAUACGUGUGUGUCACAAAAUAUAUUUUCUGAAACUUGUUUUAUUCACUGAUUGAUAUUUGAUGAAAAGUGCCAAAAACAUUUCAAAUAUAUAUUUUAUAUUCGAAAUUAAAAUUUAUCGAUAUAUUACCUACAAAUACCGUUUUUUAUUGCACACAUAGGGAAGCGUAAUAACAUCUAAAAAUACGGUGUGAUAUUUAAAAAAAAAUAUACAAAAAAUUAAUGAAAUAAAGCUAGAAAUUUCUUCGUAAAUAUUUAAAAAUUCUUAAAAACGUCAAUAACAGUUUCAUAGAAAUUGUUGCGCACUUAAAACAAUCAUAUCUUCGACCAGAACACCACGAUAGAUCAACGAGUGCCUUAGCAACAUGUUGCAGCAACACAUUUAUGCAUUUUUAUAAGUAUUUAGAAGUCAACAACUGUUUUCGGGGAAUUUAAAAAAUAUAUAUAUAUGAUAAUCACCACUAUUAAAUUAAAAAUAUAAAAAAGCACGCACUGAUCCACCAUACAACAAACACACGCGCUAUAACACCAAAUCAAACACGCACGCAACAUUUUAUGGAACACACAAAUAUUUUGAAUCGCAAUGAUGUUCAGCUCCGCGGAUGUGGCCGCAGUGCGUCAUGUGGUGCAACGCAUAUUGGUGCCAUGCGUGUUUGUAGUUGGAUUGUUGGGCAACUCAGUGAGCAUUUAUGUGCUGACCAGAAAACGCAUGCGUUGCACAACAAAUAUUUAUCUCACCGCGCUCGCCAUCACCGAUAUUAUUUAUCUCACCAUGGCAUUGCUCCUAUCACUACAACACUACGACUAUGUGCAGCGGAAUGUGGAAAUCUUUUGGAAAUGUUAUGGUUAUGCGGUUUGGCUUUGUGAUGCCUGUGCGUACAUUUCCAUUUACAUAGCUGUGUGUUUUACGAUCGAACGAUUUAUUGCGAUACGUUACCCGCUUAAACGACAGACAUUCUGCACGGAAUCGUUGGCAAAGAAAGUCAUUACAGGAGUCGCACUCUUCUGCCUCUUCUCCACAAUUUCGACAGCUUUCGAACAUCAGUAUCGCAUCACUAAGAAAUCAAUUGAUAUCCAUGGCGUUGCGUGUAAUAUAACGCAAGCGAACGCGUCAGAGCGACUGUCAUUGCUCCAACUGAAUUACAACGAAAGUGUGCGACAACAACAACAGCAAGAAGAAGCAGGGCGUACGAAAAAACAAAACGACGCACUACAUUUACCGUUGCAGCACUAUAUGUUGCCGCCAAAAUCGGCAGUAACGACAACGCCACAUAUCGAUUUCGAAGGCAGCGGUCAGGCGGUUGCGGAUGAACGCACAGAGCACACAGCUCAUCACUUGCAAACACAGGCUGUAGACUCAGCAAUUGGGGACGUAGUGAGCAAAAAGGACAAUUUGGCGAGCAGUAGUGGCGGUAGUAAUGUAGGCGACACGGAGAGUAACGCAUGGAGGUCUAAACCGGAUGUAAUAUUGCGUAGAUUGAAACGUACAGUGGAGCCGAAUAAGGCAGCGCCCACCACAGGCAGCACCACACAGGCACCUUUGACACGUUCUUUAGCUACACCUUUACCAAUCGCACUAGCAAAUGCAGCGCCGUUGCCGGCAAUGCAUGAAUGGUUCGCGCUAGCAGCAGCAACAUCAGCAGUCACAACGAACGACGCACAAAUGAGAGUUCCACGAGGUUCGGUUGUGAAGAGAGCACUUUCUGCGGCGGUUGAAACACACAUUCCCCGAAUUAUGUCAAACUACUACUUACUGGAUAGCCGCGCCGAUCUGCUAUUGGAUACAGAAUUCUUAGUGCGUGCAGCAACGCCGACUACAGAAAACGCAGACGAAGUUGAACAGACAAUGCAAGAUGCAGAUAUAAUAGCUGAGCAAGAACCGAGUUUUGGAAAAUUAACCGGCGGUGGUGGUAGGGCCGCCAACGCGCAGUCGACACAUGGAACGCAAAAUGCCGAAACGGUUUUCUUCAACAUAACGGAUUACUGCGAAGAAGUCAUCUACUAUCAGAACAGCCAAUCGAGCUUGGGCGAGAAUGCGCUCUAUACACGCCUCUGGUACUUUUUCACCUUGUUCGUGUUCGUUUUAAUACCGUUAUGCCUGUUGGGCACCUUCAAUUGCUUCCUCAUAAUGUUGGUGCGACGGUCAAAGAAUUUACGCGGCGAAAUGACGAAUGCGAACAGCAUACGGCGCUCGCGCAUGAGCGGCAAAGGGCAACGCAAAUCACACACGUCAUCCGUUUCGCAGGAGAACCGCAUCACCGUUACGCUGAUCGCGGUCGUUUUGCUCUUCAUCAUUUGUCAACUGCCGUGGGCGAUUUAUUUAAUCGUUUCGGAGAAUGUCGAUAUCGAUAACAAUCUGCAAGCGAUUAUUGGUAAUAUUUUCAAUUUUCUCGCUGACAUCAAUGCGGCUGCGAAUUUUUUCUUGUAUUGCGUACUCUCGGAUAAAUAUCGCAAAACGGUACGCGAACUCAUAACGGGCUACAAGUAUCGUGCACAUGCACGUCACGCGACUGCCAGCACGAGCCUUUACACGAGCACGCAUGGCACGCAUUCGGUGAAUGGCAGUCGCCGUUAUCGGCCGACAGCUGCGUCGAUAGUCGUCAAGUGAUGAAAAGAGAGAAGAAAGAGAGCGGAGAGCCUCAAAUGUGCAUGACCUCGUGUUGCUUCGUGUUGUACGAACGCCUACUGUAUUCUACUUAGUUAAAAUUGUGUGCUAAUUAUUGUUGUUGUCGAUGUGUGCUACGUUUGCGCAAAUUGAAUUUGUUAAUUUUAAUGUAAUUUAAAUUAGUUAGUGGCAUAUUUAUUAAUUAAACGAGUUAAUUAAGCAAAUUGUUUGCCGCGCGCCAUUUAAUUAAGUUGUUAAGUGCAUAAGUGACGCUACACAUACACACAUACAUAUAAGCCUGGACACAGAUAUACAGUUAUAUAAAUAUAUAAUCUAUGUGCAAUUAUAUUUCGCGCUAAUUAAGUAUUGUAUUUAAGUUAAGCGAUUACUUGUAAUUAAUUACAUUUAUAAGCGAAUGAGUCAAAUAAUUAUAAUUUUAAUUAUUUUCAAGUAUAAUAUAAUUGUAAAAAUUAUAAAUUUUUAUUAUUAUUAAAAUAUUUUAAUUAAGAAAUUA